CUUUCGCUGGACCGUCAGUAAGAACACGCCGUGUCGGUAGAAGGAGAGAGAAUCUCUGUUUCUAGUCCAGCGUCGAAAUACGAAGGUCUGUAGACUGAGUGGUGUCUCGUCUGGACCCGGCGGUGUGUGUCGUUAGCUCACACCGUGAGACAAGAUAAGGUUCAGUGAGGGAGGAACCGUAGCGUGUCGUAACGAUCCGCUCAGAGAACCAGAGAGCUGGAGUCAUGGACUGAUGGAGCCCCCACGGCCCCCCACCAACACUCCUUCUCCUCAUUGUGUCGAUUAGACGCAGAGGCUGCAGCAUCAGAACCCGCGCUGAGACCUUCACCCUCCGUUCUGUAGAUCUCAGGGUUGAUCUGAUUCAGACCUCUGUUGUCUGACAUGACAUGUGAGAACAUCGAUCUGAAAUUGUCUUAUCUUCGCGCUGCGAAUUUCUCACAGUCCUGCAUUUUUAGUUUGCGUUGCUUGUCUUCGGGUGCCUAGCAGGAGAGGGGUGUUACUGUCAUAGAGGAUAGUCCUGGUAAAACAUCAUCUUUCACUUGAAAGAUAUGGUCUAAAAAGGUUUUUAUAUAAUCAGUAACAUAAGAUUUACUAUGUGCUAUAAAAUGGCACUAUGUGCAUUUUCCAAUCAAUUAACUACUUCAGUUUUUAUGAAAUGGUGUAUACAGUACAUCAAAUAUGACUUAAAGGUGUUUGACUUGUUAAUUUAACACCUUGAAAUUCGGCCUCUGUCUCUUUAAAAAUUCCUGGUCUUUCUGAAACUCCACCUUCAGAAAGUCAUCACAACAUGGCUCCUCUGUUAACCCUUUAACAACGUUUUUACCAGCGCUGCACUGAGCAAUAGCACAUGUAAUGAGCUGAGCAGAUGCACAGUUCCAUCAGUAUCCAAUCUGCAUUUAGCAGUAUUUGCUAAUUGCUGCUGGCUAGUCUGAAGGAGUUAAGUGGGGGAGUUGUGAGUGAGGGCUUCUCUGAGUCGGAAGCUUGGAAACUGCAGCUCUACGGAGGGUCUGCGCCAGCCCCGACUCCAGACGAGUUUAACAGGGGGGGGCAUUGACUUGUUUUGGGGGGCAAAAUGAAUCUACGUAGCUGAACAUAAAUAACAUCAUCAGUAGCCUACAGGCUACUUGUUAACAAGCUUAAGGUGCUGUAUUGUUAUUAGCUAGUCAUCCUUUAGCUAACAUUACCUGCAUCCAACAGCAUUACUCAACUCAGUCAGUUAGUUUGGGGGAAAACUGUGCAAAGUUCUUUGCGUUUUGCUGGUUUGCUGCCACGAUUCUAACACAAACCUGAGUAUCUCUGCACAGCAGCAGCAGGUCUUCUUCGCUGCCGCACAGGCGUAAACCCAGCGCAAGCCUCUCAGCUUCAUGUUGCCUUUGAAAGCGGCUCGGAAAAACAGGUUACGACAUGUUAACAACGGAUUAAACAGUUUUGACUGCUGAAAAAAGUGACAGAGGACACAGAUAUGGGAAGUGCGGAAGCCUCUACUGUAUCAAAUUGAUAUAGGAAUAACAGACAGUUGGCCAGUCUGAGGUAAAACAACAAACAGCUUCCAGUCCGGGGGGGGGCACGCUGAAUCUGUGGGCGGGCAAUGCCCCCCAAUGCCCGCCCAUGCUGCCGGGCCUGGUCUGCGCCUCGAAGGCGGAGCUAGGUCCAACCAGGUGUUUUGCAAAGCUGAAUCAAUCAAUCAGUAAAUUUUAAUUUCUCCCAUGGCAGAAUGGUUGCCAUGGCAGAUUCAAGGAUUUUUCAAACAUGCAUGAGAAAAUCAAGGGAACACCCAGGUGUCAAUUUUACAUAAUGCUGCCCCUUUAACACUUUCAUAAAAGCAGAUGUUUUGUUGGUUUGCUGCUCAGGGGGAUUCAACGUGAGCGGUGAAGUAGGAAGAGCUCAGGACUGAUCUUACACAAGUAAAUGUUGCUUCUUGUGAUAAUGGCUAUAACAGUCAUGUCAAACUCCAGUCUUCAAGGGCCACUGCCUUGCAUUUUCAGAUGUGCCACUGGUCCAACACAUGGAAAUCAAAUGGCUGACUUACCUCCUCAGUAUGUAGACAAUUUCUCCAGAGUCCUGCCAAUGACCUAAUUCUUUGAUUCAGGGGUGUUGCAGCAGAACCAUGUCUAAAAGUUGCAGGACACUGACUGUCAAGGAUUGGAGUUUUACACCUGUAGGCUAUAGGGACCAUUUUCAAAUAGUAGAGUCCAUGUUGCUGCAGAAAUACGGAUGAUUCAAAAGUCAGAUAUGUUCAGGAUAACUAUCAGUCCAUUGAGUUCAGUCAGAGUGUGUGCUAAUCAGAGAAGCUCAUGACAGGAAAACUAAAGGCUGCUUUGUUGUGGAACGCUACCUAGAGAAUUAAUUUGUCUCUCCGAAGAGUCUAACAGCUCUACAUAGGUUUGAGAAGUUAUAUUAGCCGAGCCACUGCCUUUCUAUGCAAUUCUGCCAAAUUCUCCCCUCCCUUCAGUGCUCUGAACGAAGCAAAGCGUAGAACAAGGGGCUGAUUUUUACCAGUCUAUGAUUGUAUCUAACCAAACCAUGGGAUUUUGGAACAGUGUGUUUUGCAUAGGAAAGACCAAAGAGUCAGUGAGGGAGGAAUUGUAGCGUCGUAACCAAAUGUGAAGGUAGGUGAUGGCUUGCUGCCAUGGGGACCCGGCCAUCUUGUAGUCAUUGAGGUGACCAUGAACUGCUUCGCCAACAAAAUUUCCCAUGUCAAAUAUGAAGCCAUUUGUGACGGCUCCACCUUGACCCAAACAGGGCAAUGAUGAGAACAAAUAGUGCAAACACAACAACAACCUGUCAGUAACAAGGAAAAGAAACCCUGUGGCUGGACUUCUAAAGAAAUAUUCCUGUUGAAGGGGGAUCUAGAAGCUGUUUCAUCAGGGACUCAAUCUUUCCUUGUGUGCCAUAAGUUGAGGUGGGAGGUUUGUCUUUAGCUAAAAAAAUAUUUGCAUUGAUAUAGCAUAGUGAUUACAUACGUCUUUUAUCUUUAUAAUGUUUCUAAUCACAUUAGACAAAGGUUGUGUUUUCUCCCUGGGUUUUAUAGUCACUUCCCCCCAAAACUGACAUUGUGUUUUAUUAACAUUUCUUCAGAUUUCUUUGAAAAGCAUUCCAACAUGAGCUGUUGUGUUACUCCGACUCAGUUAAAUAUCUACAGGUUUCUUUCUGCACAGAGUCAGUUUGGAGGUAGACUGUACAAACUAAAACUUCGCAUUGAUCUUCUAAUUUAGACCAGUGGGGAGUAAAACCAUAGAUAUUACUAAGUAUGGAACCUGUUGUUGGAAUUAACUUCACAAAAGUUAAAGUUUUUCCUUUUGCGCAAAGAAAAACACCAGAAGAGCACAAAGAUCAAGCCAGCCCCAGUAACGAGUGUCUACUUGGGAGGCCACUCGGGUCACUGUUAGAGCAGCGUUCCAGGGAGGAGGCCCAGCCGUCUCCUGCACAGGUCGGUAUGAGCUCCAGGGGGAGCGGCAGCCGGUCCAACGGCUCGCUACCGCAGACCAAGAUCUGCCAGUUCAAGCUGGUGCUGCUGGGGGACAUGGCUGUGGGCAAGUCCAGCCUGGUACUACGCUUCGUCAAGGGACAGUUCGACGAGUUCCAGGAGACGACUAUAGGAGCUGCGUUCUUGGCUCAGUCGGUGUGUUUAGACGACACCACAGUGAAGUUUGAGAUCUGGGACACAGCAGGACAGGAGCGAUACCACAGCCUGGCCCCCAUGUACUACCGCGGAGCUCAGGCUGCCAUCGUCGUCUUUGAUAUCACUAAACCGGAGACCUUUGAGAGAGCUAAGGCCUGGGUGAAGGAGCUGCAGAGGCAGGCCAGUCCAAACAUUGUUAUCGCUCUGGCUGGAAACAAGGCCGACCUUGCUGAGAAGAGACUGGUAGAAUAUGAGGAAGCCCAGACAUAUGCUGAGGACACCAGUUUGCUGUUCAUGGAGACGUCUGCCAAGACAGCCAUGAACGUCAACGAGCUUUUCUUGGCUAUUGCAAAAAAGAUGCCAAAAACAGACACGCAGAACCCAACACACGCAGCACGACAUCGGGGAGUGAACCUCCAGGAUCCAGAUGCCCACUCCACCCGAGCCUGCUGCGGUGGGAACUAAAGCUCCUGAACCACCCUGCUGUGUAUCAACUCCCCCAUCCAUUCUCCCCUCCACCACAGUCCUGACUCCGCCACGUCGUGUUGCAGCAACAUCCAGGGGUGAGCCUGAUGUUGGGAAACCUGACGUCCGCUCCCCUCUGUGCGUUGCGCCCAUCCUCCAACCCAAGCAGACAGAAACUCAAAGGAACGGGGAAGACAGAAGAAGAAUGAUGCCAACUGAAUUAAGGGCGGGCACUUGAGUUUGCCCACCAGACUUGGAGAUUUUACUUUUGGAAAUAACAGGCGAAGACCAAGAUUGAGGAGUGCAAAACGAAGGAAUGUGCAAGGCAGUGGCAGUUCUGUUGUAGUAUUUAGCACUAAUUGUGAAAAUCCUGUUUCUCUCUGCCUUGCAUCAGUUUACCCACUGUCCUGUUGCAUAAACUGAACAGCACAUUCUUGUGAGUGGACAGAAACCAUUAGAAAAGGGAGCUUUCUUCUUCUUUGUGGAGCUUGCUUUGUCUCAUUUUGAACUGAUCAAAGUCUGCUGUGAAUACUGCCCCAUAACACUGUCCUGGAAUGAUCUGUAACCCUUCUGUCAUGCUUGAAAAGAUCCAUAUCACAAUUUCUCAAGUGUGUCAGCCUGGUCAAAUUUCUAGUGUGAUGGUUUAGACUUCAUUGCCUUCCGGCUGUAAUAUUCCAGCCUGUCAUGUCCUGUAGUCUAGGUAGAAACUUAAAUUCACUACAUGAGGCCAACGUGUUAGCGCACACAAAGCUAAAUCUGUUUGUAUUUUAGCUAUUUAAGAUGCAAUGUUGAGAAACUCCCUGCAAUCAGUGCAUGAGCAGUGAUAAAGAAAGAGGGGAAACUUUACCACAACACUAUGGCCUUGAUGUGGAGGGGAUGUUGGGCACUAAACACAGUGAACAGCGGGGAAAUCCAAAGGGUUCAGAUUGGCAUCAAAUACCAGAAUCCUGCUGUGAGUAGAUCUCUUAAACCAACUGAAGGGCUGCAUUGAGUAAUAGAGGUGAUUCGACUGCAGAUAAUACCAUGGUGUCUGCUUCUGUGCAUGUAAAAAUUCUCGCCUCAGAUCAUUGAUAUCCUGGGGUAGUUUGUUUAGUUAUGUGGAGGAAAGCAGAAAAGAUCUAAAAUGAAGCUCAAAAUAACCCACGUUUCCCUGUGGGAUCUUUUCUGCCCGUCUUCUGGUAAGUGUCCCUCGUUUGUCUCUUGUCACGGUGAUCUUAGAUGGUUUUAUGAAUUAACUUAUUUUCAGACAAUGCUCUUGAAACGAGUUAGGUGUGCUUGUUAGCUGUCAAACCUUGCAGAAGAAAACAGGACAAAAAAAAUUGUUGGUAAAACACGAGAACAGAAGUGCCUACUCCAAGUUUUCUUUUUCCUUGGUGUGACUUUUUUUUUGUGGACAGGGUGCAGGAAAAGCACUUCCCUGACACUGGCUCGUAUUUAAAACAACAUGGCGCCUUGUCGUUAAGCUACACUGUAAUGGCUUUUUGAAUGGAUGUAAAGAGAUCUUGUCAAAGACACUGUAUGUCAUAUAUUGUCCUUAUUUUAAUGAAAGUGUAUGUUGACUUUAGCAGAUCACACUUGUAAACCUGGAAUGGAUUGUUCAAAGGACUCUAAUCAGUGUUAUAAAUCUAUUUGAUUUAAAUCAA